AAAGGGGUCAGGGAAGCAAAGGGAAAAGUGGAGAGAGUAAAGUCAUGGAAUUCCUGAGCUGUUCAGGGUGGAAAAACCCCUUGGAACUGAGUCCAAACAUUCCCAGAUGUGCCCAGGCCAUCCCAAGGGACACAUCCCCAGGGACUGGGAAUCCCUCCAGGGAUUGGGAAUCCAGCCCUGCCCUGGGGAGUUCAUUCCAGUGCCUGACAGCCCUUUCCAGGCAGGAAUUGUUCCCAAUAUCCCACCUGCCCCUCUCCUGGCCCAGCUGGAGGCCGUUCCCUCUCCCUCCUGGCCCUUCUUCCCUGGGAAUUGGGGACCCUCCACCUCCUGAGAAUUCCUGCCAGGGAAUUGUGGAGAGAGCUGGGACAGUGCCAGGAUGGCCCAGAAUCCUUAGGGAUGGCUCAGGAUGGAAAAUCCCUCCGGAAUUCCGGAGUCCAACCAGCCCAGGCCAGCCCUGCCCCGUGUGCCCAAGGGCCACAUCCCCAGGGGUUGGGAAUCCCUGCAGGGAUUGGGAAUCCAGCCCUGCCCUGGGAAGUUCAUUCCAGUGCCUGACAGCCCUUUCCAGGUGGGAAUUGUUCCAGGUCCUUUCCCAGCUUUUCCAGCCCCUCUGCCCCAGGCCUGGAGCGCUCCAGGGACAGGACUUGGCACUUGGUGCCCCUCAGUCCAUGGGCCUUGGCGGGGACAUGACGGGAGAUUGGGAAGGGAUUCCCGGCUGGGCUGGAAUUCCCAGGGAAGCUGUGGCUGCCCCUGGAUCCCUGCAGUGUCCCAGGCCGGGCUGGAUCCCCUGGGAUAGCGGGAGGUGUCCCCAAACAUGGAAUGGGAUGAUCCAUAAGGUCCCUUCCUGCCCCCCCACCCCCAAUCCCAAAAUCCCGGGACACUCCACUCCACUCCAGGCGCUCCCGCGGUGCCAACACGGGCGUUUAUUGGGAUCGGGAAUGACGACGACGAUGGAUCCGGAACCCCCCCCGACCUUCCCGGCCCUCGGAGGGCCCUUCCCUGCCCUUUGGCUCCGCCCGGGAAUGCCGGGAUCGCGGGGAUGGAGGUCCCAUCCCACGAGAUUUGGGACAGGAGCUCUGGAAUGCACUGGGAUCGGGGGGAUCCCGUCCCGGGAAGCUUCAGAGAUCCAGGGAAUUCUCCAUACCCGCAUGGGAAACGUCGUCCAUCCAGAUCCUGCCCCAGCCUGGGGGGCAGGGAAUGCAGGGAUGCACACACAGAGAAUGUAGGGAUACACACAGGGAUACACAGGGAUACACCGGGAUACACAGAGGGAAUGCAGGGAUGCACACAGGGAAUGCAGGGAUGCACACAGGGAAUGCAGGGAUACACACAAGGGAUGGAGGGAUGCACACAGGGAAUGCAGGGAUGCACAGGGAAUGCAGGGAUACACACAGGGAAUGCAGGGAUGCACAGGGGAUGCAGGGAUGCACACAGGGAAUACAGGGAUACACACAGGGAAUACAGGGAUACACACAGGGAUACACAGGGAAUGCAGGGAUGCACAGGGAUGAACACAGGGAAUGCAGGGAUGCACAGGGAAUGCAGGGAUACACACAGGGAAUGCAGGGAUGCACAGGGGAUGCAGGGAUGCACACAGGGAAUGCAGGGAUACACAGGGAAUGUAGGGAUGCACACAGGGAUACACAGGGAAUGCAGGGAUGCACAGGGAUGAACACAGGGAAUGCAGGGAUGCACAGGGAUACACACAGGGAAUGCAUGGAUACACUCAGGGAACAGGGAUACACAGGGAUACAAACAGGGAAUGCAAGGAUACACACAAGGAAUGCAGGGAUACACACAGGGAAUGCAGGGAUACACACAGGGAAUGUAGGGAUACACAGGGAAUGUAGGGAUGCACACAGGGAUACACAGGGAAUGCAGGGAUGCACAGGGAUGAACACAGGGAAUGCAGGGAUGCACACAAGGAAUGCAGGGAUACACACAGGGAAUGUAAGGAUACACAGGGAAUGCAGGGAUACAUACAGGGAAUGCAAGGAUACACAGGGAAUGCAAGGAUACACAGGGAAUGCAGGGAUACAUACAGGGAAUGCAAGGAUACACAGGGAAUGCAAGGAUACACAGGGAAUGCAGGGACACACAGGGAUACACAGGGAAUGCAGAGAUACACAGGGAUGCACACAGGGAAUGCAGGGAUACAUACAGGGAAUGCAGGGAUACACACAGGGAAUGCAGGGAUACACACAGGGAAUGCAGGGAUACACAGGGAUACACACAGGGAAUGCAGGGAAUGCAGGAAUACACAGGGAUGUACACAGGGAAUACAGGGAUACACAGGGAUACACACAGGGAAUGCAGGGAUACAUACAGGGAAUGCAGGGAUGCACAGAGGGAAUGCAGGGAUUCACAGGGAAUGCAGGGAUACACACAGGGAAUGGAGGGAUACACAGGGAUACACACAGGGAUAUACAGGAGUACACAGGGAAUGCAGGGAUAUACAUAGGGAAUGCAGGGAUACACAGGGAAUGCAGGGAUACCCACAGGGAUACCCACAGGGAAUGUAGGGAUACACACAGGGAAUGCAGGGAUACACAGGGAUACACAGGGAUACACACAGGGAAUGGAGGGAUGCACACAGGGAUGCACACAGGGAUACACACAGGGAAUGGAGGGAUGCACACAGGGAUGCACACAGGGAUACACACAGGGAAUGGAGGGAUGCACAUAGGGAUGCACACAGGGAUACACACAGGGAAUGGAGGGAUGCACACAGGGAUGCACACAGGGAUACACACAGGGAAUGGAGGGAUGCACACAGGGAUGCACACAGGGAAUGCACAGGGAUACACACAGGGAAUGCACAGGGAUACACAGGGGUACACACAGGGAUGCACACAGGGAAUGCAGGGAUACACACAGGGAAUGCAGGGAUACAUACAGGGAAUGCACAGGGAUACACACAGGGAAUGCAGGGAUACACACAGGGAAUGCAGGGAUACACACAGGGAAUGCAGGGAUACACACAGGGAAUGCAGGGAUACACAUAGGGAACGCAGGGAUACACACAGGGAUACACAGGGAAUGCAGGGAUACCUUGGAGCUUUGAUUUUUGCAGUUCAACCGUGUGAACACCUUGUGUUUCGUGCAUGUGACCAACGACAAGUUGAAUAGUCACCUAUGUGGCAAUUAUUAAACUGUAUGAAAGACAGCGCGAUUAAUAAAGACGGAGCUUCUGAAACAUCGGAUUGGCCCGUGGGAGGUUCCCCUUGAGGCUCGCAGGGGACGACACCCUAACACAGCAAGGGAAGCGGUAAAGGCUCUGCUCCAUCCCACAAUCCCAAGAUUUGGGGUUCCUCUGGGAACGCCAUCAGACAGAGGGGCACGUUUCACCGCAGGGGUGGUAGGUGAAGGAUUUGUGUCGCGCCCCGGGAAUCGUUUGGGACCUCCCACGCUCCCCGCAGACCUCAGGCAAGCGGCGAAGCGGAACGCGCGAACGGCACUCUGAAAACGCAGAUUGGUGGAAUUUGUCAGGGAACACCCAUGCCAAGGGGUUCAGGCUUUGCCUCUGGCUCUGCUGAGCAUUCCCGUCCGGCCAAGGCCGAGGGAUAACAGAAGUCCUCAUGGAAUGUUGUACGGGAGACCACGCCAGGCUCUGCGCGUUCCGGGGGACGUUCACACGAGAGGGAAGGUUGAUUUACGGAAGCAUUUAAUUGCUUUGGGCUCUACUUUACAGAAGCUCUGGAAGUUCCUCGAGCUUUCCACACUCAGAGGAUUGGACACCCCUGCUCAUCAAUUCCAGCCAGGAGACCGGGUCUGCAUCAAAUGGUGGGACAGUGACCCGCUGUGAGCUGAGAGGAGAGGACCUUUCCAAAUCCUACUGACUUCCCUCACUGCCCUCAAAGUUGCUGGCAAAGGACCGUGGUUCCAUUGCUCCAGAGCGAAGAAAGCUUCAGUUCCUGGAACCAUCAGCAAAGCAGAACCCGGCUCAGAGGAAGAGGAUGUGGCACAGACUGCUUCUGCCGUGCGUGUGAUGUGUGCAGUCGUCUCUUUUUCGAGGUAGGACUGUAGAGAACACCCUAACCUUGCACAAGAAGGUACAGCCACAGACCCAACAACCUUCAGGCCCAGGAGUCUGGAAGGCCUCCAAGGACAUUACGUGCUCUGAGGAAGAUGAAGAUGAAGAAGAGGGGGUCCCAAAAGGCCCCCCAGACCCAAUUCCCAAGAGCUGUGGUGGGGGCAGAACCUGGGGGGUGGCCGGAUGGGGAUUGGGGGAAAAUCAUUAUAAAAACUGGGAACACCUGGAUUUGGGAGCACGUUGGGGUAUUCCAGAAAGCCUGGGGGCUCAUUAAAGCCUUGGGAUCCUUAGCUUAUCUCCUACCUCAUUUGGCUUGGAGUCUUUUUUUCCCCACGGCCAUUUAGGCAACACAGGGAUACACAGGGAUACACACAGGGAAUUGAAGGAUACACAGGGAAUGCAGGGAUACACAGGGAUACACACAGGGAAUUGAAGGAUACACAGGGAAUGCAGGGAUACACAGGGAUACACACAGGGAAUGCAGGGAUGCACAUAGGGAUACAAACAGGGAAUGCAGGGAUACACAGGGAUACACAGGCAAUGCAGGGAUACACACAGGGAAUGCAGGGAUGCACAGGGGCACUGUGAGGACUGGGCUGCAAUUCCCAGGGAAGCUGUGGCUGCCCCUGGAUCCCUGGAGUGUCCCAGGCCGGGUUGGAUCCCCUGGGACAGCGGGAGGUGCCGGGGUUGGAACGGGAUGAGCUGUGAGGUCCCUUCCCGCCCGACCCAUUCCAUGACUCCAGGACUCCUUGGAGAUGGUCCCGGCACUUGGGACGGUCCCACAUGGAGGUGUCACCUCCAUCCCACAUCCCUGGAGAGAGAUAUCCCUCCAUCCCACAUCCCUGGACAGAGAUAUCCCUCCAUCCCACAUCCCUAUACAGAGAUAUCCCUCCAU